AUGGCGACUCUCGAGAAAUCCGUGGCCCCCAGUCCAGAGGGCUCGCUGGCAUCGAUACCCGAAAAGCCCAGUGAGCCCAACACCCCCAAGAAGGACGGGGGUAUGAAGAGCUAUGUCAGAAUAUUCGGAUAUACUGAUCGGUUUGGCUGGUUUCUUAACGUCCUGGCCUUGAUCGGGACCAUUGGCGCAGGUAGCGCGUUGCCUCUGAUGGAUUUGCUUCUCGGCAAGAUGAUCACAACCUUCAACAGCCAGGCUACUGGCGCCGACUCUGGUUCGAAAUUCCAGUCCGAGUUGAACAGAUAUACCCUCUACUUCGUUUACCUGUUUAUUGCAAAGUUCGGGUUGGUGUACAUCUGGACUCUAUCCUUAUCAGUCUCCUCGCUCCGGACUACCAAAGCCGUGCGCAUCGCCUUUUUGACUCGCUUGUUGCAACAAGACAUCGCCUACUUCGACUCCAACCAGGGCGGGUCACCGGUUGUACAAGUCACCACGAACGCCAACCUCGUCAACCAAGGUAUUUCCGAGAAGCUUGGAUUUGCAAUACAGGGAAUCGCUACUUUUGUGGCGGCCUUCGUCGUGGCCUUUGUCGUACAGUGGAAGUUGACGUUGAUUACGAUUUGUAUCGUCCCGGUUAUCAUCGUGGUCACGUCUGUAUGUGCAGACCUCAUGGUCAAGCAGGAGAACAACAUCCUGCGCGUCAACGCCGACGCCGGUUCUCUGGCAGAGGAGAUCCUGGCUAGUAUGAAAACCGUUCAUGCCUUUUCCGCGUUUUCCAAAUUGACUGCCAAAUACGACGAGCUGGGGCUGGAGUCCAAACGCCUGGGUUUAUCCCAGUCCUUGAAUAUGGCCAUUCUGUACUCAGCGGAGUUUUUCUGCGUCUAUGCAGGGUAUGGUCUCGCCUUUUGGCAGGGAGUCCGCAUGUAUGCGCGAGGAGAGAUUGCCGAACCUGGCACAGUUGUCACAGUUAUCUUCGCGGUGAUUGUGGCUGCCACAGCCAUGACCCAGAUUGCACCGCAGAUUAUCCAGAUCACCAAAGCCGCUUCAGCUGCUCAGGAAAUGUGGGCUGUUAUCGACCGGGAACCUUCGAUCGACGGGCUUUCACCCGAAGGAGCCCGACCAGAGACCUGUGUCGGAGAUAUUUUGUUGUCGAAUGUCUCUUUCGCAUAUCCCACUCGGCCACAGGUACCAGUCCUUCGAAAUGUCACGCUAGAAAUUCCUGCAAACAAAUCAACCGCCCUAGUCGGGCCCAGUGGUUCGGGCAAAAGUACCGUCACCGGCUUGUUGGAGAGGUGGUAUAACCCACUGGAGGGUUCAAUCACACUUGAUGGACGAGACAUCAAGGAUUUCAACAUUCAGUGGCUGCGGACUCACCUUCGCAUCGUUCAGCAAGAGCCGACGUUGUUCAACGGCUCGGUCUUCGAGAAUGUGGCGUAUGGCCUAGCCGGCACCGAGCAUGUUAAUGCGUCUCGAGAGGAACAGCUCCAGCGCGUCAUUAAGGCAUGCAAAGCGGCAUAUGCCCACGACUUCAUUGAAGCACUCCCAGAGAAAUACGAUACUCAAGUCGGAGAGCGAGCGACCAUGCUGUCGGGCGGCCAGAAACAGCGCAUUGCCAUCGCCCGAAGUAUCGUCUCUGACCCCAAGGUAUUGAUUCUCGACGAAGCCACCAGCGCCCUUGAUCCACAGGCAGAAAAGAUUGUGCAGGAAGCGCUGGACAACGUUUCUGCAUCACGCACGACCAUCACCAUUGCCCAUAAACUGUCCACCAUCAAGAGAGCCGAUCAAAUUGUGGUCUUAUCGCAGGGCGAAAUUGUCGAGAAAGGUACACACGACGAGCUUGACAAAUCUGGUGGUGCCUAUCACCGUCUCAUCCAAGCCCAAGACCUUGGUCGAGUACAGAGCGAUAAUUCUCCGGCGCGAAAGGAGGAGCUGAGCGAAAGCGAGCGGAUUGUGACAAUCCCUUCUAGACGACGUGAUAGUGUCAAAGACACUGGCGUGGUCAAUAACAUCGAAGCACCUUCAAUCCGUAGCAAAAGCUUGAUUCAAUGCUUGUACGUUCUCCUGUCGGAGAGAAGUGAUCUUUGGUUCGAGUUUUUUGUCGUUUUCGCUGCCUGCGUUCUGGGAGGCGCAACGUAUCCAAUUUUGGCUUUUCUAUUUGCCAGAAUCUUGAGUGUGUUUCAAAUUAGUUCCUCGGACCAGAUGGUCAAGAAAGGCGACUUCUACGCUCUCAUGUUCUUUGUGCUGGCCUUGGUUGUACUUUUCGUCUACGCGAUUCUAGGCUGGGUCACAAAUGUUAUUUCAACCUGCAUUGUAUACAUCUACCGGCUGGAGAUGUUCAGAAGCUACAUCCGUCAAGAUAUGACUUUCUACGAUCAACCAGACCAUGUCACCGGGUCUCUGGUGUCACAUCUAUCCACUAAGCCCACUAGUCUCCAGGAGCUUCUUGGAUUCAAUGUUGGUAUCAUCAUCGUUGCAUUGGUGAACAUCGUCUCCAGCUCUAUUCUUGCUCUCGCGGUGGGCUGGAAGCUGGGACUGGUCGUGCUGGCCGGCGCCAUGAUCCCCAUGGUCUUCUGUGGUUACCUCCGAAUCCGCCUUGAAUUCAUGUUGGACGAAGGCAUCUCCAAUCGUUUCUCGCAAAGUGCGGCCUUGGCUGGAGAGGCCGUAUCUGCUAUCCGUACCGUUGCCUCGCUGGCUAUUGAACGAAUAAUCCUGGAGCGGUAUACCGAUGCAUUGGCCGGAAUUGAGCGACGGUCGAUCAAAUCAUUGAUUUGGACAAUGUUCUGGCUCUCAUUGACGCAGUCGCUGUCCUUCCUCUCGAUGGCACUGAGCUUUUGGUACGGCGGGCGUCUGUUGGCCAGCGGCGAGUACUCCUCGACACAGCUGUACAUUGUUGUCAUCGGCUCUAUUCUAUCCGGGGAGGCGGCAGCAUCUUUUUUCAUGUUCAGUACUAGCUAUACGAAAGGUCAGGCCGCCUGUAAUUACAUUUUCUGGCUUCGAUCCUUGCUUCCCGAUGUACGCGAUGGUGAAUCCGACUAUAACCCUGACCAGGUUUCUGGUGCAGCGAAAGUGGCCCUUCAGGAAGUCGGAUUCCGAUAUCCUACACGUCCCAAUCGUCCAGUGCUGAAGGAUGUUGAUGUUGAAAUCCAUCCUGGCCAGAUGGUCGCCUUCGUUGGGCCGUCCGGCCACGGCAAAUCCAGUUUAAUCUCACUCAUCGAGAGAUACUACAAUCCCACAUCCGGAUCCAUUCAAUUUGACGGGUCAGAGAUCGCCAAGAUGUCUCUUUCCUCCUACCGAAGCCAUCUCUCACUAGUUCAACAAGAGCCGGUACUUUAUCAAGGAACCAUCCGGGAGAACAUUGCCCUUGGACUAGAAUCAGAAGCAACCGAUGACCAGAUAGAGGAAGCCUGUCGGCAGGCGAAUGUCUUCGACUUCGUGUCCUCUUUGCCCGACGGACUAUCCACUGUGUGUGGUUCUAGGGGCAGUCUCUUCUCGGGUGGCCAACGACAGCGACUGGCGAUCGCCCGGGCGCUGGUCCGCCGGCCUCGACUGCUUCUCUUAGACGAAGCAACGUCUGCACUAGAUACGGAGAGCGAGAAAAUCGUACAAGCUGCACUGGACAAGGCCAAGGAAGGUCGAACAACAAUUGCGAUCGCACAUCGUCUUUCGACCAUCAGACAUUCAGAUCGAAUCUUUGUCCUCGUGGACGGUCGCAUGAAGGAACAAGGCACACAUGAGCAGUUGCUGCAGCGACAAGGGACUUAUUAUGAGAUGUGCUUGGGACAGGCGCUCGACAGGGCUGCCUAA